GUCAUCGUUUGUGCUGCUGGCAGAAUACUAGUCUUGAAAAUGAGUUACUGAGCCAGCUAUAAUCGCAGUAAUUUCCGUCGAAUAUCACAUAACCACUCGGCUGCGGUGUACGGAUGAGUACUGAACGAUUAUGUAAAGUUCUGACACAUUUGAAUGAAUUGAUAAUUGCUAACAAGUCCUGCCGAAAAGUUGAUCAUGCUGAGAAUGAAGAUUCCCAUUCGAACGGCGGAAGGAGACCAUACCGUCGAAGACGAGCAGGAAAAUACCGAUUGCAGCAGUCACACUAUUGAUUCGGUUCCAUAUUGUGGUGUGAGGUUCAAAAAUUCAACGGGGGAGUCAUAUCGCCAGUGGCAAAUUGACAAGAAGGCUGUGUUUGAGUGGUUCGGCUUGCACCUCAGCCCAGCGAAGCGGAUAGAGUUUAUGUACGGACUACUUCAUAUGUGUCAACCACUUGAGAUUCGGUUUUUGGGAUCAUGUCUUGAGGAUCUUGCACGGAAAGAUGUCCACGUUUUCCGGGACUUUGAGAUAACAGCAAACUGUCAAACUGACUUGGCCUUCCUUAAGGACGUUAGCGACCCUGUUGUGCGUUCCAAACUACUUGUCUACCUGUCACUUUUGCGAUCUGGAAACAGAGAAUGUGCGGACACGCUGUAUCGUGCUUUGAGCCAUAUAGACCCAGCGCUGUACUUAAAUACUUAUCAUGGCGUUCCUUUAUCUCCACGUGGUGGGAACACUCAGAAUGUACCUGAUCAACAUUGCCAUCGAGAGGGUGGAAUGGAGUCUGGGAGAUCUGUGCAUCCCAGCGGGACUCCACUGGAGGCAGAGUCGGGUUCCCUGGAGCACUUGGCGCUGCUUUUCACCAUGGCCUCACUACACCCUGCGUUCCCUUUUUACCAGAGGGAUACUGUCAGACACCAGUUGGAUAAUGUGGAACUGGUCUUAGAGGAGAGAAUGGAUUGCCACAAACUCAUGAGUUUCCAGCAGAAGCAGCAUGCCCUUCGAAGGGAGGAUCUCAGCCCCAGGAGCACUGACAUGGGUCAGUCGGCCUGCUGUAUUCCCAAUCAGCUCCCCAACAGGACAUCAUCCCAGAGAGAAGAAGUUCACAUUGACAAGAUUGUGCUAAAGACGAUAUCUUGGAACCGAGUAAACAGUGAAUACGGUAUUGAGGUCCAGUGGUCUGACUCUACAUGGACCACAGUGACCAAGACUCACCAUGAGCUGGGCGACUUCCUGUCCAAGAGGUCCACUGAGCCCUUUGAGAAGGGUCUGGUGAGGUUACUGGCCCAGGGAUACCAGUAUGAGCCCAGGGACCUGGAGAGGACACUACAGGAGAUGCUUCUGUCAGCCCCAGCAGCCUUCAGGCAGAGACGAGAGGUCUGCAGGUUCCUCCUCCCCCACUGCAGCCACUGUAAGUGUCUGUGCCCCUGUCUCAGCCUUCAGGAAGAUAACACAGUACCUCCUGGAAAGACCUGUAAGGCACCUGAGCACUUUAAAGAAGACUGCACUGAGCCAUCCAGUCAGGACCAUGACAUAGGUUCUCACCACCUAAGGCAUCAGACGGCGUGCAGCAGCAAGAGGCUAGGCCAGGGCACACUGAUGACAAAGAGCAGCCAGAGUGAGCGCCAGAGGCCUGCUGUUCACGCAGAGCACAAUGGAGUGAUGGAGAGGAGGAGGAGGAGGAGGAGGAGGAGGAAACCAGGCAUCAUGACCUGUAGGCCAGACUCACAUCAGAACACAGAUGAGAAAUGGGCUUUCACUCCAGAAAAAAAGAGAAGAAGACCUGGUGGAAGGAGAAGUGAUGGGGCUAAAGGCUACAUCCCCAGCAGCUUCAUCAGACCACAGUCAACACACAUGACCAGACAGGGUGCCAAGCCGGUCCAGAACAGGUAUGGAGACACGUGGUCCGAUAGCUCCAGUACUCCCUCCAGUCCCCAGCACGAGGCACAUGAGAGCCUGGAUAAUGAGGACCUGGAGGACGAGAGAGACACUGCCGAGAGUUACUCAGACCACUCCGUCCAGGAGAAGAGGGCGAGUGAUCACAGCAGAGGGGAAGUUGUAGCUACUGUACACGCUAUAGUCCCUGUCCCCUACAGAGAAGAGACAUCCUACACUGGCAGUCCCCUGAGUGUACACACACUAUCAAUGACGGUCCAGAAUGGGCGAACCAUGCCAGACAGGACGGUCAUGGUCACUCCACAGCCGGGGGACGGUUCACCAGCAGAUGGGGCACUGACUGGGACCACCUCCAUGGUUCCUCAGGAGUCCAUCCCAAGCCAAGCUUCCCUGGGAGACCCUGAGAGGCAGAGGCACGUGUCUGCCCCCCUGAGCUCACCUCAGCUAGCCAAUGCAGGAUCCAGCAUUCACCUAAACCCCCAGUGUUAUAUGACCCCUACCAGCCCAGAGAGUAGAAGCACUAACCCCCAUCACCAGCCCCCAAUGAGCGCCAUCAGUGUCAUCCCCCUGACCUUCCACGUGUGCCCCCUGAGGCCAGCAUACACCAGCACUGACCCAGCCUCCACCGCCACCCUACCCCUAGCAGCCUCUCUCCCUGAUCCUAGCACCAGGACUCAAGCCCUGGCUGUGCCCACCAGCCUACCCACCCCUACCUCCGUGACACCCUCCUCAGUGGCCACUGUCACCCCAGCUGCAAUCAGCCAGGUUCAGGCCACUCUUCCCCCAGCCAUCCCCACUCACACCCCCGGCCCCGUGGCCAGCCCAGCCCUGACCCUCAUCCACAGCACGGCCCAGGGAGAUGGUGCCUCCUGCAGCAGCUCUUGGGUGGCAGCAGGGCAGGCCCAGACCCAGCAGCAGGCCCUCCCUCCACAGCAACAGCAGAUGAGCUGCAAUUCCUGUGGUUGCCGUGGCAGCUGUGGUAAUAGCCACUCUACCAGCCCCAACUUCUCCUUCCCUCCCCAGCUGAGGCGCCAGGUCUUCAGCAAUGCCCACCUCCCUCUCUUCCACCUCCCAUCCAUGUGCAGCACUGGAUAUCCCAGCCACCGCUGCCAGGUCCAACACCAGAGCAACGCCACCACCCAGCUACCUUUCUACCCCCCUCCACCUCACACGGCCACCCCCACCUCCACGCCACCUCCACGCCACUCCCACCACAUGCUGGCCACCCAGGCUGGUUACAACUUGCAGCAGAUGGCAGCUGCUCCCUUCAACAGCUUCUACACGCCCAUGUUCUCCUCGUUGGGACUGGGACUGGGCACGGGCACGAUGAAGAGCAGUGCCAACGUCUCUUGCUAUAACUGUGGGCUAAGCGGGCAUUAUGCCCAGGACUGCAAACAGCCCUCCAUGGACGCCGGGCAGCAAGGUGACUUUCGGCUGAAGUACAUGGCCCCCCACUUCUUUGAAGCAGACCAAACUGACUGACAUGAGGGGACCAAGGCAAUGCUUUGUUUCUCACUACAGUAAAGAUUCCAGAAAAUGUUUUCGUGGGUUGAGUUUUUCACCAAUUGUAUUACUUUGCGAAUAUCCGGACUUGUUUCUCAGCAGAGAAUGGAAUCCUGUAUCAUUCUCAGACUUUUCAGAGGACGGUGGUAUUUUGCCCUGGAGACAAGUACAAGACAGGCUCACGUUUCCAGACUAGUCUAUUACUUUAAAGAAAGAGAACCACGUCUUUAAAUGGUGCGGUGGUAAACUUGCAUUUAAUAUGGAUUAAUGGAUUGACUGAAGGUUGUUAUAUCCACAUUUCAAAGCAGGUCUUUUUUAGUACUUUUCGAUUAGUUUCUUACUUUUUUGUAUUAUCUCAUAGGUGUUCAAAAUGCAAGAUACAGUUUCAAAGCAGCUAGUCGUUAACCAGCUAAUUAUCAUUUUAUUCAUGUGAGGACAAAAUAUGUGAAGAACCUCACGUUCUUAUUUUUUGGGGAUUGUGAUACAGCGGAGAAAAGAUGCAUGGUUUAUAAGAUAAAGUAUGUAUGACAUAAUUAGGUUUUUGACAGAAUAUGCUGACUGUACCAUAAAUACCCUGUAUUUGAUUUGUUUUACAAGCUAAUGGUAUUCCAUUGGAUGGAAAUUUUGUACGAAAAAAUUGUUUUAUUGCCAUUUGUUACCACUUGAUAUAAUGUGAAGUGUGUAUUAAAUCAAUCAUGUCUCAUUCAUGAUGUUAAUGCUGCUGCUGUUUGGUUUGUUUCCUUGGGGCAAAAAUGCACUAAUUUGUGUGUAUGUGGGUGGGUCAUGUCCCCAAUGCUCUCAGGCAAUGAGAGGACUCUUGUGGUUGUAUCCCUUGAGCGUCUCUCCUCUAGGAAGAGAUUUAUUGAGGUCCAAAUCAACGCAGCAAGGAGGUUGUAUUAUGCAUGUAAGUGUAUAUUUGUGCACAGCAGUAAGGGGCUAACUUCACACACAUACCUUACCUGUAUGAUUGACGACUAUACAGAAUAACUUCUGUAUUAGAAAAAGGGUAACACGGUUGUUUGUGGGUUUGAAAGCCACUCGUCUUUCACUGUUCGUUGAGGUGGAUUGUUUUGUGACUUCCACACACAGGCAAAAAAUAUGUAAACUAUUUGAAAUUACAUUUAGGUAAAAUCACUGUUUUAUAAAGUGGAACUUAUCCUCUUUUUUUGUAAGCAGCUUUUCAGUUUUUUUUUAAAGCAUUUUGUAUUGGAUUUGAGGCCUAGUGGUUGACUUUAUUUUAAUGAAUAUCUUUAUUUUGAUAAAGAGCAUUAAAGUUGAGUGGAAAAAUAGA